UGUUUCUUCGGACAUAAAAUCCAAAUCUAACUUCGAACUUCAUAUUGAUCUCCGCUUCAGUUUCUUCCAGCGGCUUCUCUGACCAGAGCUUCACCUCUAACCUCCCGCCUUCGUUCCUCCACGAGCUUCUGACAGAUACACGCCCCCACUUCCUCCUCAGUUUCUAGCCACCGGCAUCCCUUUCGCCCGAAAUUUUGGAUACCGCAAAUCCCCGGGUUCUCUCGUUCAUCUCCGCUCGGUUUCAGCCAUCGUGCACCUCCGCACGUGACCAAGCCGUACGUCGACGCACCUGUUCGUGCUUCCCGUUGACACAGCCGUUCUUAAAUUUUCCCUCUCCGAAAUUCGUUGAACGACGCCUCCAUCCACGCCGAGUUCAAUCGUCGCGAUAUAGUCCCAUCUCUCGAGAAACUCUCAGAUGCAGCAGUCGGGCUUUCAGUUUUUAGGCAGGGAGGAAGAAGCAAAAGCGGUAGCACAAGAAGCAGAAGGAGUUGUAACCCUUUUGAUUCGACACCUUCCUGAAGCCAUACCUCAUGACACCCUCUCCAGACUUUUCUCUAACUACGGUGCUUUCUCUGUCCGUCCUUGCUCUGCUCCUCAGUAGACUGAGAAACUGUGCUUUCCUGGAUUUCAAGAAUGAAGCAUUGGCUUACCAGGCAUUUCGUCAAUUGAAUGGGCUGAGGUUUCUUGCUAAAGUCUUAUCGGUGGAGAGAGCUAGUAACGAGCCAAUCGUGGAUACCAAACUGAAAAAAAGUGAAGCUCAUAUACCACCCACAUCUACGUCUAUGUUCAAGGAUGCUACUAAACAUACAAUUUUAGGGUCUACCCUUGCUAGCGAACCCAUUGCCCCAAGGCUUGGUGUUGACUAUCCAUUUCCUCCUCACUUGGAAUAUGUGUAUCCUCCACCCGAUGGAAAUAUACUGACUAAUAUUGUAAAUGCUCUUAUUGCCGUUCCUCGCUUUUAUACUCAGGUGUUGCACUUGAUGAACAAAAUGAAUAUUCCAGCUCCAUUUAGAAUGGCUCUGCCCACUCCACCCCUGCCGCCUUCAGUACCUGCACCACCACCACCACCACCUCCCCCUUCUGUACCUGCAAAGCCUCAUUUGGAAGAUCUGUCCAGUGGUGAUUCAGAAAUGGAAUCUUCAGAUGAGGAAAUAGAUGGAGAAGCUUAUCUUUUUGGAGCUUCAACAGUAAAACAAUUUAGCCGAAAGCGUCGCAAGCAAGAAGCGAUUGUGGGGCCUGCAGUUGAUAAAGAUGUCGCACAUGAGGCUGUUGGAUUAAAACCUGCCACCUUGGUUCCAAAAGAAAUUCCAAUGAUUAAAAAGAAAAACCCUGUUUUACAGAUCAAGAUUGCCCCGAAAUUGAUUCAGAAUGAACACAGAGAUGACACAACAUCAAAAGAAUUAGAGGAGCCAGACAAAGAGGGUUUGGAUUUUAAACCUUAUGCAACUUCCGAAGAACUAGAAAGUGGAAAGUUGCCCCCAGAGGAAAUUUUAUCACUACCAAUGUUUAAGAACUAUACAGCUGGGAACCCUACAUCAGUGUUGUAUGUAAAGAACUUGGCAAAGGAUGUAGUGGCUGAUGACUUCUACUUCAUUUUUGGAUCAUUAUUUGGAAGCGUCGAUGCAACUAAAUCCAGUCUCAGUGUGAAGCUUAUGCAGGAGGGAAGAAUGAGAGGACAAGCCUUUGUGACAUUUCCAUCAGUUGAACUUGCCCAUCGCGCAUUGUGUGAGGAUUAUAUGGACAUUCCAUUACAAUAUGGGGGUCAGACAUUACAUCUAUCUUUAUUACCCCUACAUCUUGUAUGUGAAUCUAGUCAAUGGAUACGUGUUCAAAGGCAAGCCAAUGAUAAUCCAGUUUGGCCGGAAUCUAGCAGCUGGCAAAACAAAUUAGAAUUAUAUUUUUCCUGCUUGGCUGGUAAAUCAAUGUAUUAAAACAUCACCAUCUCAUUUGAGCUCGGAGCCUCUUCCUCUUCGUUCAACACCCUCUAAAGUAUGUUUGUUUCAAGACUCCAAGGAGAAGCCCUAGGUCAUUGCUGGGAGAUGAUAUGGUCACUUUUCACCGGGCUCAUUCUCUUCUUUCUGUACUGAACGGUUUUUAUGCAAUAUACAUAUGAGAAACGAACAUGUUAGAGAAGAUGCGGCCAUGUUGUGCAUCUGGCACGACACUUGUCGUCGGAUUGCCGGAAAUAAUCGAAAUUACUUAUUUGAGACGUCGCAUGUUUCAAUGUCAAAAUUUGUGAUACAAUUGCUCUUCGCAAAUAAUCCUAAAUGUUGUACUAUUAUUGUGUUGUUA